AAUGCAGGUCAGGGAGAUGAAGGAGCACAGGGCGGCUUGGGAGGAAGGAGAGAGAUGUGUGGACACGAGGUGUAGGAGCAGGUGUGACUGACAUAUACAGGUGUGAAAUAGGAAGGAAGUCAGCGAGUUCUGCUAGAAGAUAACAUUACAGAGUAUUCCCAGACAGGGAGACCAGGAAAGGGGACAGGCACACUGACGGCUCGGAUCAUUAGGGCAGAGAGGCGGGGUAUAGAAUAUAGGCAGGUACAGGUAGGAGCACUGAGGUAAUGGCAGGGUGGGGCGUAGAAGCAGGCUAAGUGAGCAGAAGACGAGCAGGUGAACGUGGCAUUGGGGACAGCUACCUGCACAGUGUGGGAGAUUAAGCUUCCACCCUCAAGGCUUGAAAAAUGCAAGACAGUCACUUCCUUAUGUCGGCCCUGCAGCCAAACCUGGACAUCACCUCGCUGGCGCUUCCUACCGACUUGCAACUGGACCGCAAGCUGCGCGAAGAGAACCAAGAGCUGCGCAAUGCCCGCGUGCAGGAACAGGUCCGGGCCAGGAUGAUGCAAAAGGGAUCGACUUCAUCAAGGAGCAACUCCAACUAUGGAGAUAGCUACACUACUCGAUCCCAGUACAGCUCUACGCCAGCUUCCUACAGCUCCCGCUCCCAGGUCCAAGGCUCUGAUCAAAGGAUAUCUCAGACCAGUCGCUCAGUUGGAUAUGGUACCCUUGGUGGCAUGCGUUCAGGCUACUCUUCUCGCUCUGCUGUGGAUGUUGGGGUCACACAGAGAAUCAGUGUACCUCCUCCGCAACAACAACAACGAUACUCCACCUCCCGCCCCACCUCUUAUCAUGAAAGGGCCUACCCAGCUCAAAGAGAGUAUGAUACAAUGUCUCUGAGAUCAAUGCGUAUUGGAGAUGGUGAUGAGCGAUAUGACCAAAGGGCAAAUGCUCAAUCCGCUUAUUAUACUCGUCAGAUGUCCUCUGCCAGUGCAGGACCUACAAUGCAGAGAUCCCUCUCUGGAAACAUUGGUCAGGAUGGUGGUGGCUCAUGGGUUGAGCGAGCGGAGGUAGUACAGACACGGACAAUCCGUGCACCUGCCAUGCGCACCUUACAACGUUUCCAAAGCAACAACCGCAACCGUGUUGCGACUGGAUCAUACGGCACCCUGAAUUCAGUUGGACCUCAACAGAUAAGCCAGUCAUCUGGGACGGGCUCUGGAUACGUGACGACAAUGAUUGAACAGACCUCUCGAGCCCCGUCUGUGCGAAGCCUAGCAGAAUCUGCGCACCAAGUUCAAGAGCUAAGAGGCAUGGAUGUUUUCGAUGGGAACAAAAGCCUGAUGAGUCAGCAUUCCUUCACUAGUGGGUUUGAUGACAUGGAUAUGCCAUCCGCUGUGAAAUAUUUAAUGGCAUCUGAUGCCAACCUCCAGGUGCUAGGAGCAGCCUUUAUACAACACCGUUGUUACAAUGAUGCAGAAGCUAAGAAGCAGGCUCGAAGUUUGCAGGCCAUUCCUAAGCUGGUGAAAUUGUUCAAUCACCCCAACCAAGAGGUCCAGCGUCAUGCCACAGGAGCAAUGCGCAAUCUGAUCUAUGACAGCCCUGAUAACAAGAUGGCAUUGGUGGAGGAAAAUGGCAUUUAUGAGCUUCUAUUGGCACUUAAAGAGCAAGAUGAUGAACUCAGAAAAAAUGUAACCGGUAUUUUAUGGAACUUGUCUUCCAGCGAUAACCUGAAAUCAAGGCUGGCACGUGAUACUCUAACUCCGCUGACAGAUAGGGUGCUGGCUCCACUCUCUGGAUCAUCAGGAUCUGCACUGAUCCAACAGAAUGCAUCAGAGGCCGAGAUAUUUUACAAUGCCACCGGCUUUCUCAGGAACCUGAGUUCUGCUAGUGAGGAGACCCGUCAGAAGAUGCGAGACUGUCCUGGGAUGGUGGACACCCUUGUUGGCUACAUAAACCAAGUUCUGCAGGCUGGCAAAUCUGAAGACAAGAGUGUUGAAAAUGCAGUAUGUGUGCUAAGAAACCUGUCCUACCGGCUGUAUGAUGAGUUGCCACCAUCUACUCUGCAAAGGCUGGAAGGAACCCAGCGGGGACGCUCCGCAGCAGGAGACACUGUGGGUUGUUUCACUCCUCAGAGCCGCAAACUGAAAGAGCAGCAGGGCACAGACCUUUCCACUUUUGCAGAAAUCUCCAGGGAUCCAAAGGGGAUGGAGUGGCUGUGGCAUCCACAGAUUGUCCAUCUAUACAACCGACUACUGCAGCAAUGUGAACUAAAUAAACACACAACAGAGGCGGCAGCAGGAGCUCUACAGAAUAUCACAGCCGGAGAUCGCAGGUGGGCAGGCAUCAUGAGCCAAGUGGCACUGGAACAAGAACGUAUUCUGAACCCAGUCCUGGAUCGUUUGAGGACUGCAGAUCACAGCCAGCUGCGUUCCCUAACAGGGCUCAUCCGCAACCUGUCAAGACAUGCCAGGAACAAAGAUGAGAUGUCCACCAAGCUAGUAAGCCAUCUGCUGGAGAAGCUGCCCAGUGACAGCAGUGAAAAGAGUCCACCAGCUGAAGUCAUCGUGAAUAUUGUCGCUGUGCUCAAUAACCUGACUGUGGCCGGACCUGUGGCAGCACGGGAUAUAGUAUACUUCAAUGGGCUCAGCAAACUCAUGUACAUCAAGAGGAAUCGAGAAGGUCCAGACAAUGAGAAGGCCUCCCGGGCAGCCUCCAGCCUCCUUACCAACAUGUGGCAGUACAGCAAGUUACAUCGUGACUACAAACAAAAGGGCUACCGAAAGGAGGAUUUCCUGAGCCAAUGAUGCGGCGCCAACAGAAGAUCAGCAAGAAAGCACUGACCGAUGGACUACUUCCCUAGCCCUUCCUACUCUCUCUCCUGUUUACCUCUAUGCACUCUUGAAAUGGCACAGCAGAGUUCGAGGGGGGACAGUAUAUGUAGCUAGGUAGAUUAUCAAAUAGAGUUAUGCAUGUGUGCGAUUGUAUUUUGUAAGAAAAUAAGAAAAGGAGAAAAAUAAAUGCAAAUUAGUCCACGGGGAUUGUAUGUGAAACAGAAACUGGGUGAAUGUGCGUGUCUGGGUUUGUCGGUCUAAUGCAAACGCGUGUACUAUAACAGUAGUGAUAACCCAGUGCCUUUCUACCUAUUGUUAGACCUUAACACCAAGCUGGCU